GUUAUGAAUGGGACUGCCGAGUAGCGCGGAGGGCAAUGGCGAAACUGUGAACGAGUGAAUGACAAUAAAAUGAAAGACAAUACAAUAUAUAGAAAGCCUAGGGUGAUCCUGGUCGUAGGAUCGGAAGCUGUGGAGCGAGCGCGAUGUAGAUGUACAUACACACCUUCCCCGCAUCGCAAAGCUCAAUCCCACGCGCACGCCUGCGUACGUCCCCGUACGGUACGAGACGACACGGCGACACUAGACCAGACAGACUGGCCAGAGGAAAGGAAUCGAAUGCAAGACCAGACCCAGACCAGACUCUGCGCCUCGACUCGACUGAGCCGUCGUCGUCACUCUCACGAGGCUCGAUCACACCAAAUUCAGACCGCCUUACCCAUGAUUCGAUUCAUUCUGCAUCCCAUGACCUACUAGUGCAUCCCAUGUUCCCAUCCUACCCGCCUACUACUACUAGUAAAACCGCUCGACCUGCCAGGUUCUUCUUAGCGACCCGGGCGGGUGCUUCUUAGCGACUGCUGCAACCGCCUACUACCUACUCAUCUGGCAGCCACGGCUUUGCGUGCCGCACCUCCAGCCUGAGGCUCCUCAUCCCGCGUGGAUCGUACUGCGAAUCGAAGUAGAGUUCUCCAGAUCCGGAAAAAAAGUGGGGUGCUGUGCGGCGGCCCCAUCGAGGUAGCGGUUCUUUCUUCUUCCCUUUUUCAUUUUCCGCGCGAAGUUCCGCGCACGUUCAGUGAAUGUCUAUAUUCUGGGCUCCGCGCCUCAGCCGACUCUUGGGGAAGCCACCGUUUCACCCGAAUAAAAGCUCGAUCUCGCGAUGUUCCCUCAUCCUCUCCGUCCUUCUCCUCUCCGCCGCCGGCGCGAGUCCUGCGAUUCCCAUUGUAGCCGCAGCAGCCCAGCCCCGCCAGCCCACGACAGCGCAGCACGCCGGCUAUCGCACGGAUGAUGCUACUUCGACUUUUUUACCUACCGGGCUCGUCCGCGUGCACCCGACUUCCGGAAACUUCCGCGACUCCCUCUCCCAAACGACCGUCAAUAGCGGCACGGGGAACAACGAUACGCUGACGUCAUCCGUCAGCCGCGCCGCGGAGUUGACGCGCCGCCGCCAGCGGCGGCAGGGACGGCGGGAACGACAGCGUCAGAAACCUUCCGAGUCGUGGAGAAAUGGGUCAGGGAAUCGCUGGAGGCAUAGUCUAUAUGGUGGAAGUCCUGGGAUGAGCUACCAUGGAGGGCCUAUAAUGAGCUCGCCUAUUAACGUGUACAUCGUGUUCUACGGGUCGUGGAGUCGCAAGGACCGCCGAGCUGUCAACGCGUUCGUGGAGUCGGUUUCGGACAACUCGGUUAACCCGACCGGUGUCGCGAGCGUGCGAAGGUGGUGGCGAACAACGAGCCUGUACACCGGCAAGGGCGGCGUUACAGUAACGUCGCAGGUGCGGCUGGCGAAAUCGGCGGUGGAUCGGUACUCGCGGGGGAGGCUGAUGAAGAACGACAUGGACGGCGUGUGGCAAGUUAUCCGCAGCCAGAUCGAUUCGGGUGUUUUCCCCAUCGACGCGUCUGGGAUGUACGUGGUACUGACGAGCGCGGACGUCCGAUUGGGCGACAGCUCCCAAGGCUUCUGCGGGCCGCAGGGGUACUGCGGGUGGCACUCGACCGCGUCGAAUGGGCGGAGCGAGCUGAAAGUGAUUCACGUGGGGAACGGGGGUCAGCAGUGUCCUCAAUAUUGUGUGCCUUCUUAUAACACACGCUCAUCUCCCAACGGCCUUCCAGGGUUAGACGGACUGAUAAACACUCUAGCCCAUGAGAUGGCCGAGACAGCGACCAACCCCCUUAUAGACAACGGCUGGUUCGAUAUAAGCACCCUAGAGGAGAUUGCGGACAAGUGUGCGCGGCUGUACGGGCAGAAGGGCAAGGAAGUGGUGUUAUCGAAUCAGGGAUACGCCUAUAACGCCGUGGGGAAAGGAGGAACACAUUUUCUGUUGCAACAGCUUUGGAGUCGCCAGUCUCGUCAGAAGUGUGUUAUGCAAGGUCCUGCCUAAACUGCCAAAAAAAUAACCCUACUGAAUAAAGGUUGCGCACUAUACGUGUAUUUUUAAUGGCAGUAACAGAGAACCAGAGAACGCAGGCACACAUCAUCACCAUCUGGCUCUUGUCACAUGUUUUGACACCUGCACCCAUUCUUAUUCUUAUCCUUUUAUAAGGUAUGUCAAAGUGGAACAUUCAAGCCACCUGGU